AUGCUCCGCCUCUCCUCAUCGCUGUGUCCCUUCUGCGAAGCGCGAGCACUCGCCAGGACCUUCUACCCAUCAUGGCAACCUUCACGCUCAGCGGCGACGCUGCAAAAGCGCAAACCGUCGCGCAUGAUCCUCUCAUCGACCGUCAAGAGAGGCCCGCCUCCUGUAGCAGAUGGUGGAAGAGCAACGUCCAAGCCAAAGAGCCGCAAUAGCCCCUUUGGUGGAAUGAACGUCACAGAGGUCCCGCGAACUCUACAGGCCCCCAGUCGAAGCCAGGCAUCGCGAACAGAGCGAAGGAGAACAUCUCGAACGCAGCCCGCGACAUCCUCAUCACGACGAAAAGAUGACAGAAAGUCAAAGGACCCCAUGCACGCGCUCAAGAUGCAGCGCAGUCUCGCGAAUGUCUCCUACGAGAAACGAGGCCGGAUCAAGAAUGCCAUCAUGGAGCGCGAUUCUUUCGGCGAGUUCGAGUUGCUGCCGGUAGUCAAAGAGUCCAUCCCUACGCAGGCGUUGGGAAGGGUGACGGACGUACAUCCCACGCCGGUACAACGGCUGGCUAUCCCUGCGCUGCUUGGGAUGGAAGAGAACAAGCCGAGGAGAAGACGGCUUGGAAGGACAGAUCAGGAGAAGCAAAUGGAGCAGUUCCUACUAGCCGCAGAGACCGGCUCCGGCAAAACAUUAGCCUACCUCCUCCCCGUCAUCGACGCCCUCAAACGCGCCGAACUCGCCGGCUCCGGCCCCCAAGACCGCAAAGCCCGCCUCGCCAUGACCUCCAUGCCCACCCGAGCCGGCAAGCUCUUCGACAUCGCCCCUCCCUCCUCCACCGAGCCCGACGAAGACACCGCCCGCCCCCGCGCCAUCAUCCUCGUCCCCACCUCCGAGCUCGUCGAGCAAGUCGGCGCCCUCGUGAAAUCCCUCUCCCACACCGUCAAAUUCCGCGCCGCUCUGCUCAGCAGCGCCUACACCGGCAAAAUGAUCCGCUCCCGCCUCUUCACCACGUCCGGCAUCGACGUCGUCGUCACAACCCCCCACCUCCUCCACAGCAUCACCGAGUCCGACCCCAACGUCCUCUCCCGCGUCACCCACCUCGUCAUCGACGAAGCCGACAGUCUGCUCGAUCGUAGCUUCGCGCCCACCACGAGCGGCAUCAUCGACCGCGCGAGCCCGAGCUUGAACCAACUCAUCCUCUGCUCUGCCACCAUCCCGCGAAGUCUGGAUAAAUACCUCGAGCGUCGCUUCCCCGCCAUCAAACGCCUCGUCACGCCCAACCUGCACGCGAUUCCGCGGAGAGUCCAGCUUAGUGUGGUGGACAUCGACAAAGUGCCGUUCCAAGGGAACAGGAACCUCGCCUGUGCGCAGGUGAUCUGGGAUAUCGGCAAAGAGGGCGCGGGCGCUCCUGAAGAUGGUGGUGAAGGGGAACCGCAAGCGCGAGAGAAGAAAAUCGUCGUCUUCGUCAACGAGCGCGAGAAGAGCGUCGAGUUGGCGCAGUACUUGCGUUCCAAAGGCGUGAACGCCCUGGCGUUGUCGCGGGAUAGCAAUGAGCGGAGAUCCGACAACGUGCUGGCUUCCUUCACCAAUAUGCCGCAACUCCCUGCUCCCGCUUCCGCCAUCGCAGCGCCAGCAUCCGCUUCCGGCGCGGGUUCGGGGACCUACACCCCCAACGCCCCAUUCCUCAGCUCCAUCAACCCGCCCACACCUCCCCAGCAACCCGCUAAACCCCUUUCCCCUGGCCCCCGUCCCCCAUUACCUGGGACGCAAGUCCUAGUAACAACCGACCUGUCCUCCCGCGGCAUCGACACCCUCCCAGUAAAGCACGUUAUCCUAUUUCAUCCACCGCUUGGGCAGAGUCGGGAGGCUAGGGAGGAGAGGAAGGGGGGUGGUGUUGGUGGGGAAGGGGGAUAG